CAGAAGGCUUGGAGCGGCUGAGAGAGAAAGACGUGUCCCGCUCACUCUCUCACUCUCUCACUCUCGCUCUCACUUUUCUCUUAGUUUCCCACGGUCUGGAAAAAGUUCCCACGCUUUGUGAAACUCGCUAAAAAGAAACAAACGAACGAACGAACAAACACGAACAAGAUGAUCAAGAAGAAAGUAAAGAAAAAGUUAAAUAGAAGGAAAAAAGUGGUGGCGGUGGUGGUGGUGUGGUGAUGACGGUGGUGGUGGUGGUGGUGGUGAUGACUCGGAAAGAAAAUAGUAAUAAUAAUAAUAAUAAUAAUAAUAAUAAUAAUAACAUUUGAUGGACUUUCUAUAACUUUCGCUUUCCGUGGAUUUCAUAAGAGGUCGUCAUGAGAGGUGUCCUGGGUGCUUUCUUCCACCUCCUCCUCCUCCUCCUCCUCUUCCUCCUCCUCCUCAGCGGUGCAGAGUGCUACACGGGGGGCCUGGGGGGCUUGGUACAGCUUCGGCCAGCCCCGCAUCCCCGCUUCCUUCACCCCGGUACGCCCGCCAACGUGUCUGUGCAGCUUGGGACGACCGCUCACCUACACUGCAAAAUCGCCGGGUUAAGGGACCAGUCUGUGUCGUGGUAUCGCAAGGUCGGAGACGAGAUUCACCUGAUCACCUUCGGGUUCCAGACUUACCACAACGAUGACAGAUUCGCCAUGACCUACCAGCACCCCCACGAUUGGCGUCUUCGGGUGAGAUUCGUGCAGCACCGAGAUGAAGGAACCUACCAGUGCCAAGUAUCCACGCACCCUCCCAUGUCAAGAACGGUCCAUAUGCAUGUCGUGGAGGCCGCCAUGCAGAUCCUGGACGAGCGCGGCGUGGUCCUGCGCGAGAAGUUCUACCACACGGGCAGCACCAUUGAACUGCGGUGCAAGGUGUCCAACGUGCCCACCGCCACGGCCCUCACGCUCACCUGGUACCGGGGACACCUGAGGCUGAACUACGACGCUCCCAGGGGCGGCGUGAGCGUGAAGACCGAGCUGAGAGGCACCACCGCCCACUCGUGGCUCCGUGUGGGCAACGCCGUCAUCGAGGACUCGGGGACGUACUACUGCAACGUGACCAACCUCGCGGCCACCAGCGUCAACAUCCACGUGGUGCCGGAGAAAUACCCAGCAGCCAUACAGGGAGGGGGGGCGGUCUCCCCUAACCCCCCCCUCACGCUCCUCCCCCUCCUCCUCCUCCUCCUCCUCCUCCACCCCUCCCCGCCCCCUCACAGAUAACCCGGUAGUCGUGUGCGUGUGUGUGUACGUUUCCUGUGUGUGUACGUAUGUGCGUUCGUGUAGGCUUCCUCGUGUACACAUGUAUGUUAUCGUCGUUGUUGUUGUUGUUCUUGUUGUUGUUCCAUGUACGUUUUUGUUCGUGUAGGUUUUCCGUGUAGGGUUAGUGUGUGUACGUGUGUGUGUGUGUGAGAGAGAGAGAGAGAGAGAGAGAGAGAGAGAGAGAGAGAGAGAGAGAAUCAGUGUAUUUAUUUUGUUGUAGAAAAUAAAAAUAAAAUAAAAAAACAAUCAAAAAACUAAGUUAGAUGUAAUAAUAAUAAUAAUAAUAAUAAUAAUAAUAAUAAUAAUAAUAAUAAUAAUAAUAAUAAAAUGAGUGUUUGAAGGAAAAAAAUAUAAACGAAAUAAAUGAAAAAUAAUAAAGAAAAUGUGUUGUUUUUAUUCCCUUAUGUUCUCUCUCUCUCUCUCUCUCUCUCUCUCUCUCU